GAGCACAUCGGUCCUGCCGUUUUUUAGCUUGGAAAGAUGUGCAAGUUCACCAACCGGCUGUUUGUCUUUGCCCUGCUGCUCUUGGCAUUUGGAAAACUGCUGGCCCAACCCGUUGGCGGAAAGACUAGGCCAGGGAAUUCGAGGAACGUGGUCAGCGACUUGCUGGAGGUCUUAUACGAUGACUACUCCGAGAACGGUUUCCAGCGGGAGGACAUUCUCUACGACCAAAGGCAAAAGGGCACCGAGAACUAUCAGCUUAAAGUCGAUGGGGUUGUCAUCGGAUUGGCCCCCCAAAUGGGUUCCAACUGGCUUUACUCGAUGGCCGAAUAUUAUUUAAGUGAAAUGAUGAUGCGCCAAACUACCCCGGAGCCAGAUUCGAAUCAAGUGUUCGAAAAGGAUCCCGCCGAAGAUGCGGAACCUGGAGCCCCCGAGGGCAUCACUAAAGUUCCAGAGCAGGCCAAAAAUGAUUUGGAGAGCAGACAGCAACAAAUUAUAGCUACACAAAACUCCAGCAGGACGCCAGCUCAACUGCUGCAGUUAUUGAAGAUGCUUAAGACUUCUAAGGCCUAAACACUUAAGUUCUUUAAGACUGUCAAGCAUUUAGUUUUAAAUCUUUAAGAGAUAUGUAUUAUCAAAUUAAAAUCCUAAUUCAAAUUUAAAUUUUCCUUGGUCUUAAU